GUGAAAACAUUCACAUUGACAAGUUUAACUGCGCUCCAUUCAUGUCAGGGUAAUUUUGGUGCUGCUCAUCUGAAAUAUACAAAACAAAGAAUAUAUAAUAAUCAGACAUAAUUCCGAUUUCUGAGGAAUAUUUAAGCAAUUUCUGAAGAUGGAGACCACAGAGAAGUCUGCCAGAAAAUCAUUCCUUGUGAUGUUUAACCUGAUUGGAUGGAUGGUUUUAAUAUCAGCAACUGCAUUAGGAAUCAUUCAUUUUCAUGAGUGUCCUGUUCAGCCAAACCUCCCCACCUAUCUGACUGUGGUUGGAGCAGGUGGGCUGCUUUCAAUGCUGCUUAUGUACUUAAGGAACACUAUGGAUGAAUGUCUUCUUGUUCGGAUCUGCAGUGUCUUCAUCCUGAUGCUCUGUGUUUUAAUUGUGUGCUGGUUUUUCGCUGGUACAUACUGGAUAUACUCUAUAUAUCCUCCCAACUAUGACGUCACCAACACAACCAACCACUGUCACAGAACAAUGUACCUGUUUGCAUUUUGGUUUAACAAUCUGUGUUUUCUCUGCGUCUCCAUAUGGCUUGUUUUUUGUAUGUAUACCAUCUUGUACAACUGUUUUACUGUUUCAUUUCAUCAAUAAAGCUGAAGAGAUCUUUUUAUAGUU